AUGGCCGUUCUUGCAAAGUUGCUGUCUUCAACCUUCAGGGUUCUGCAGAUUUUGGGGACCCUGUUCAAUACUGGUUGUCUCACAUAUUUUAUCGUCAGACUUGCGAAUAGAAAUUUAAUCAGUGGAAGAGCAUUGGCUGUGGAAAUUAUUAGCGGUGCUGGACUCCUCUGGUCGAUUUUUGCCUUUGUAUUUUCAGUCUGUCUUCUACAAAAGACCUCCUUCCAGUUUUUCACUGUCAUUGGAGAUGCUCUGUUCAUGGGUGGAUUCAUUGCUGUCUCUGUUCUUCUCGGGAAUUCUUGGGAUGGAGACUGUUCUAGCUCGAACCUCUACAUUCCUUGGCUGCAGCGCGGAGGAAAUAACUUAGUCGCCAAUUGCCGAAUAAUCAAAGGCAUUUUUAUCACUUCCAUUAUCCUAUCUGUUCUAUUCUUCCUCACAGUGCUGACGGCAUUCCUUGCUCACAAAGCUGCUAAGAAAGAUAGAGCAUAUGGUCCCUCCCCAGCCAACAACUAUACCUCCGGCCGUGGCAAGAGGCAUAAGAACCGUGAUCUUGAAUCCGCCGCCGUAGCAGGUCCAGCCCUGGUCCCACCAGUUACUGACAAUCGUGUCUCCCACGAUUCAAAAUACACUGAUGCCACUGAAAAAACCAAUGACCCCGCUCUCCAAUCCGGUAUGACCGGCACAGAUCGUGAAUAUCUCGCUCCACGUGGAUACACCGGCAACAACGCCACUGUCUCUCCGAUCCCUUCGCGCGCUAACAUUCGUUCCAAAGACAACUCUCAUGCCGGCCAAUACGCCGCUGCUGGAGCACUAGCAGGUGGUGCAGCAGUUGCUCACCAUCAACACAAGAAAAACGCCUACGGUACAAAUCAAGAUGGUCUUCCUUUACACCCAGGUCCAGAAGAUCAUACCACCGAACAUAUUCCUCAAGACCCAGAACGACUCGGCACAAUGAACACUUACGGAACAAACCCCAAUGUCGUACCUCAAGACCCAGAUCGUCUUGGUACAAUGAACACCUACGGCACCAACACUAAUAGUGCAUACUCCGAGCUAGACACCAGGAACACCGAUAUGCCAUCUCCAUAUCACGUUCCGGGAGCAUACCCAGGAUCUAAGAAUUCUAUCCAACCCACUGCUUUCUACCCUGCCUCAAAUACUCAUGAAUUAUCAUCUGGCGCCAAUCCUCACUACUAUUCUAAUGAAAUGGAAGCCGGUGGAUAUCAAAACUACCAACAGCCGCCACAGGAGCUAGGAACAACGACAACAACAGGGGGAGCCCGGAAAUACGAGGAGUAUCAAACUCCUGUUACCCCUCUUGCUGAUGAAAGACGCGAAGAGGUUGGGUUUGGAUAUGGGAAUGGGCCCGGAAUGGCAGGUGGUGGGUCGAAUCAGGUUUCUACUUUACCAGAGCUGGGAAGAGAGGAUGGAAAGCGGUUCUAA